AUGCUUCGCAGUAUUUUCAUCGCUAAUAAAAAUGGCGAAGUUAUUGCAGAGAAAAAUUACAUUGGUAUAUUCGAUAGGCAUGAUUUAGAACCAAUUCUUAAAGUAAUACAGCUCAAUAAUAAAAUUCCGCCAUUAUUCGAAUCUUUUGGCACUACAUUUUUAAUACAUAACGAAGGAGAUAUAUAUUUUAUCGCAGUAUGUGAUGGAAAUGAAAGUAUUUUAACAUUUACUUCACAAUUUAUUGUAAAUACAGCAAAAUUAAUUUCAUCGCUGAUUAAAGGAGGAUUAACAGGUGAAACAAUCAAAACCGAAUAUCCUAUGCUCUACAAAGUACUUGACCAAGCAGUUGACGAAGGAUAUCCAUUUCUUGAUGAACCUAGCUGCUUAAUUGCAUCAUUCUCCGGUGUAUUAGAUACAACAAUGUCAGUAGAUAGAAGAUUUCCUUGGAGAGGUACUACAAAAACACGUGGAAAUCCUGAAUUCAUGAUUUCUGUGGUUGAAUACAUCGAUGCUCAUAUUUCAUGCGACGGCAAAAUCAAUUUAAACGUUGUUAGAGGCAAUGUGAAUGUAUUUUGUCGCAUUGAUGGCGAUCCAUUAGUUGGAAUUUCAUUUUUCGUUCCUAAGAAAUUCGUUGAGGUAUCAUACCAUCGCUGUGUUGAUGCCAAACAGCAUUUAGCCAGAAGAAUACAGUUUGUUCCAAGCGAUGGCUCAUUUUGUUUAAUGAAAUACGUUGCUGAACCAUCGGCAAGCCAAUUACCAUUAUUUAUAACUCCAAAGUUUUCAUGGUCAUCUGUUAGUGUAGUUUUUGAGAUUAUUUUGCGUAGUGAUCAAAAUCUUACUCAAAAAUUAACAAAUAUCCAGAUUUCCUUUGACCUUCCUGAAGGUAUUUCGAUGCCAUCAAUGGCUUCUAUUGUUGGAACAACAGAUUUCAUUCAUUCAACAAGAACUGUCGUUUGGAAAAUUGAUUCAUUAGGAAAUACUCCUCCAAUAUUGAAUGGAAGUGCUUCAAUAACUAAUCUAACUACUGCAAGAUCAAAGAGCAUCUUCAUACAUGCUCAAUUUGUUGCUCCUAACUAUACUUAUUCCGGAUUGAAAGUAGACAACUUUGAUAUCGAAACUAAUGCAAAGAACUUGACAAAAGGUAUCAAAUACUCAACAAAAAGUGGUGUUUAUGACUUUAAUACAGUAUAA